CUUGUGUAUUUCAGGCUGUGCAAUUGUGUCUUUCGGAGAGUUCUUAAAUGUUGAUUUCGGGGAAGUUCUAUUUGUACAUAUCUGCAGUCCAUUUUUUGGCACAAAAUAGUUUCGCCGCUUUAUUUUUGUAUGUACAUGUUUAUCUUUCUUUUACAAAGCAUCAAGCGGUUCAACUAUUAACUUUGAGAAGUUUAAUUGAGAUGCAGGUUUGCGCCGCCAUUGACUUCCAGGAGCGCCGUCAUGGACUCUCAGGACCACUGUGCAGCAAGGUCGGUGAGCAGCAGGCUGGUAUUCAUUGUCCAUCUGAUGGAUUCCAGGACAUGUUCAAUUGGGGGAUCCUAAUAUCCCAGGCCUCUUCUCAUACUUGCGACCUCAUCCGCUAG